UGGCGCACCCUGUAUAUCGCGACCUUGCGUCUAAAAACGUCAUUUCUUCGAUCGUGUAGAAAAUUGAUCAAGCAACACAUGUUUCUAUGACGUCACGCCAACUCGAUACAAACAUGGGUCCCGCCGUGGGCCCUUUGAAAAAGGGGGAAAAACAGGUGGGGUUGUUAAAAAGCGUCAGUUGCGAUGAUUUUGCAUCCGAACACAGUUCAACUCACCAAAAUCCACUAUUACAAUGGGGAAAUACCGACAAUUUCACGCGAAAUUUUCGACAAUUGUGUCAAUAGUCGCGUCAAAAUCACAAAAAAUCUCUUCCGCCACCGCUGUGUUUUGAAAAUUAACGAAAUCGGAGGCGGCGGUGAGAAAUUCCAGUGGCGACUCGUCGUAUAUGUUAUAGUGUUCAUUUGUUUGAUGGUUGCGCUUAUUUCCGCUUUGUUUUUCACGUGUUUUAGACAAAAAAAUGUGACACUAGUACCAACUUUGAAACUGUCAAAUACCACCAAUUUAGGGAGUUUUGUGUUUUGCCAAAAUUGCACUUCCGGUCAUAUUUGUCUGAAACUGACGGAAGUCGAGUCCCCGAAAUGUCUCCAACCGUUGGAUCGAAAAGACCCCACGGGUUGUGGGGGUUUUUGCUCGGUGAAUACGCAGUUUUGCCAACUGCUCGACCUCCAACACCAAAUUUACCAAUGCUCGAAUCUCACCAACACUCUCAAGUGUCCCCUACACACAUUCAAUUGUGGCAAUAUGUGUGUAAAUAUGACGAAAAGAUGCGACGGUUUUAUUCAUUGUCGAGACAAAUCCGACGAAUUUCAAUGCGAUUGCGAUCUGGAGACACAUUUCCAAUGCGGUAAUGCCACUUCUUGUCUCCCUAAAGCGAAAAAAUGCAACGGUUUCGUCGACUGUUGGGACAAAAAUGACGAAAUUGGGUGCAAAAAUGAAUGUCCCAAUGGGACAGUCCCAUGCCUCAACGGUGACUGCAUCGCAAAAGAGAAUUUCUGCGAUGGGAAAUACCACUGUGGGGAUCACUCAGACGAGCCACAAGGCUGCCAACUCUAAAUAAAUAAAAUUUAUUUAUUAAAAUACAAUAAAAAAUUAAAUCAAGUCUCCACAAUAAUCGGAGAAAAAGUCAAGUAGAAAAGUAAAAUCGGACGCACGGCCACCUUGAUCACGAUACAACUUGUGAAAAGUUCUGAAAAAAUCUGUAAUAAACGUCAAAGUUACCUGAAAAACACUGUUAGAACUAAUCAAGUGUCAGUGCUACCAACCUGAUCCCACUCAGUCCGAAAAAUCCCAGUACACUGCGAUUCAAAACUAUCACAAGUCAAUAGAUUGUGCUCCAAUAGAAACGCACAAAAUUGGGCAAAUGCGUCCCACGUGACUUUUGAUUGGCCCAAAAUUAUGACAUUUCGUGGUGAUAACAACGAUUUAAAAAGAUCAUCACAACCAUUAUAAUACAAACACCAAAUGUCACGUGAUUUUGACAGAACGCCAUCUUGUGAUAAAAUACGAGCAUCAUGGCCGACUGCAAUUCAAAGUGUUUUUGUUUUAUAAAAAAAAAAUGAUAAAACUCACGUAAUAAAAUAAUUAAAUCGAGUAUUACAGUACACAGUGUAGCCAAAACACACUGAUUGA